CUGCAGCAGCUGGCAGGUGGGGUGGGGGCCGGCCGAGCUGACCACGCAGCGCCGGGCGCGGCGGCACUGCAGCCCGGGGCAGCGGACGCCUGGGACGUGCGCUGCCUCGAUCGCGCCCCAGAAGUUUUCUGAGUUUCUGGAAAGGCCUGGUAUCUCCAAAGGAACAGUUUCUGAUAGAAGUUUGGAGGUCUGAUUCAAGAAAAAAUAAUCAAGGAUAGCCAAUGAAUUGAGGACAAGAAGGUUUCCAAUCAGCCCCUGCUAUGUGGAUAUUUGUUAGCAAUGACUGAUGUGGAAACUACAUAUGCAGAUUUUAUUGCUUCAGGAAGAACGGGUAGAAGAAAUGCAAUACAUGAUAUCCUGGUUUCCUCUGCAAGUGGCAACAGCAAUGAAUUAGCCUUGAAAUUAGCAGGUCUUGAUAUCAACAAGACAGAAGGGGAAGAAGAUGCACAGCGAAAUCCAACAGAACAAAGUGGGGAAGCCCAGGGAGAAGCAGCAAAAUCUGAAAGUUAACACUCCACUUUGACCUUCUUCAACACCUGACGAUGUCUCCAAUCUCCAGGCCUGGCUGGAAUGCAUUUAUGUCCAAGAGUGAAAAGGGGAAGAAGAAAAUGGCUGUACUGCUUUGCAGGAACCUGCUUGUUCUGUUAAAAGUGGGGGCAGAGGCUGUGGCUGCAGACAGACUUUUCUCUACCUCUGGCAUUAGCAAUGGUUGAAAUCAUGUGGCUUGUGUUUGGAUGUCAUUUUUGUAUGGAUCCUUUCACUUGACCAUAUGAUGAAAUGCUUGUAGAGAGUAGCAGUGAUCUAGAUGAUGAUUCUUCCUGUAGCAUCUGGCCCCUCACAAUGUCAGAGGAUUUAAUUGUGUCUAAUAGCAAAGGGUUGGUUGAACCCCAGAGUUUAAAUAUCUCUGGCCUGAGUAUUCACCCAGUAAAAGAACCAUCCAGAAAGUACUGUUUUUAGCAUUAUGUAUCUGUGUGUUCCUGCUUUGUUAUUUACACUGUUUUGUAUUGUACAAUAUAGAUGCUCAGCACUGCCCCCCUUCUCCGAUUGCUUAUGAAAAACAAAAAUGAUGCACAUUACUGUGAAUUUUUAUACCACUCAUUUUUUAAAGGGCUGCCUAAAAAUUCUGCUCCAUAGUGUGGUGGUGUACACAAGAUAGGACACACUUUUUUUUAAAACAAUCUGUCCCCUUAAUUCACUGCUGAUGAAUUAAGUCUAACAGAUUCAUCAGGACUCCUUUGCUUAUUAUACAGACAUUUGAAAAUAUCCAUUAAUGUGAAUAUUACCUGAAUUCAGUCUGUUUGGUGUCUGCACAGACCAGAGUUCAGUCUGCAAAUUUUGUCUUAUUCCCAAAUGGAGAACUUUUUCUGACUAAUAUUUUUAUUUCAAAUUGUGAGAAUUUUUGAGAACUGGGAAUAUGGGAAUGAGAAUAGAAAAUAAUACUAAGCACUGGAAAUAUUUUCUUCUCUUGAAUCAAAUUUCUUACAGUGCUGUAUGAUACUACUAACAUUUGGAGGACAGCUUAUCUCCAUGGAGCUGAAAAAGAUGGAGAAAAUGACCUUGCAAUCAUGUGGACACCAAUCACAAAAGUAAAGCCCUUGUGUUGUAUUUUUCAUGUCUUUUUUCAGCCCUAUCAGAUCCAAAUGUUAUUAUGCACUUUUUAAUGUUUGUAAACUUUUACUAAUAAUUAGUGUGAAUUGCAUUCUGAUACAAUAAUAAUCAUCAUUAGAAGCUGACAAAAUCCUUAUUAAUACUGUUGAUGGCCUCUGCUGUGUUUUGACAUCGUGUUUCUUAAAUGGAAAGUUUCUAUGAGCUGUGUAAUCCCUCUGGUCAGUAUUAUGAAAUCAUUUCUCAGUGGUAAUAAAUAAGGCACCAGUGAUAUGCCAAUGGCUCAUGAAUUACUGGACACAUAGCAGGCAAAAGGAAGACCUUUACAACAAAGACCCCACUUAACUGUCCUCAAGGUCUUAGACAUCAUUCCAUAUGAAAUAGUUUCAGCAGCUUUUCAACGGGUAAUCUACCUGGAUACACCAGGAACUCAGCCCUCCUUUGUAGUUGCAUGAAGGAUGCAAGGUAAGUUUGCCCUCAUCUCUCUCUACAGUACUUUCUGAAUGAGUGGGAUAGGGGCAUGGAUAUCACUUGGUCCUCAAGCAUAUAGUAAAAAAAAAUUAACAGUGUAAGUCUUUGAGAAAAUAGGAAAGAUUAAAUUUUAGAGUACUUCCUUCUGCUUAACCCAAUAGGAUCCAAAACAUCCAGUUAAUAUUCAAGCACAUCCACCUAUUAUUACACUCACAAGUGGGAAAAGAAGCUCCUGAGGCUAUUGUAGACAAUUUCUGGUAGUCCGUUUAACACAUUCAACCCAUACAAUCACUUUUACAGUAUCCUUAUUUAUUAUACUCAUAGCUUUUUUGUGAAUGUAGGUAAAGUUCUCUCCAUCCUUAAAAUUGUGGAAUUCCAAAUUGAUUUCAUGUGAUUUUGUAAAGUUUAGGACCAGUGCUGAGUAUAUGUGGAGGAUUUCUAUUCCUGUGUGAUAUAUUAUUAUUAAUGCAUGUGGUAUCAUGCUCGUCUUUGAAUAUCUAUAGUUGCUAAAUUGUGAAGUCAUAUGGAGCUUUUGAAUUAUUUUUGACCUCUUACUGCUACUUUGUAUGCUAUAUUCAAACCCAGAAAAAAAAACCCUAUAUUCCCAAGCCAGAAAAUUACCAAAAGAUUCACAUCCUAAAAUGUUGCUCAGCAAAAGUUCAUAUUAUCUUCCAAGUUUUACCAUAAUAUCUUUUACUUGAAAUUCAAUAAUAUACAUGGAAUUGAUACUUUAAGGAAAGAAGGAAAGAGUAGAAAACUAAGACAUUGAUCUGAUAAUACACAUUGAAUGCCUGUUAACCAACUGACUUUAUGCUAUUCACUUCACAGCCCAUAUUCUCCCAUUUAAUCCUCAAACAAUUCAGUUAAAGAGGUACUAUUAUUCCAUUUCACAAAUCAGGAAAUGAAGAUUGAAUAAGGUAUAAGUUUUACAAGCUUAAAAAGCUAAUAAAUGAUGAAAUAAAAAUUGAACCUGUGUUUAACUCCUGAGAGUUUUCUACUACACAUGCCAUAAAUCUGAAGCCAGUUACAGAGCAUGUUUAUCUGGAAGGGAACUUUUAGGGAUGGACUAGCUCAAUCUUCAUAUUUUAGAGGAGGAAACAGUCCUGAAAAGGGCAUUUGUUUUUCUCAAGGUUACCUAGAUGAGCAAUAACAUAGAUGUGAAUAGCAAUUGUAUUUUUAAAAAAUAAUAAUAAUAAAUUUAAUUAAAACGUUUUUUGAGUUAUACUUCCCAAAAGACAUUUUUUCUGAAAUGAAGUCUGCUAACUUAGCAUGGUUUAGAUUUUUUAUGUUCCAUGCUACUCAUUUUGUUUAACUAGAAAUGUGAAAAUUUCAGGUUUUCAACUGAUGUGCAACAGGUGUAAACUUUUCAAAUUUACCCUUUGUCAGUUUUAAGCAUCCUGUGCUGACAUAUUGAUAUCAUAAAUUCAUAGUAAUGUUUUUCAGCAGAUAAGAGGCAGGAAACCUCCAAUUUUUAGGUAGCACCCCUAGAGCUGUGCACAGUAAAUGCUCGACACCUGUGUCUUACUGAGACAGUGGAAAUGCACUGGUUUAGAACAUAAAUGAUAUUGUUCUCUUUGGAGAAGCAAUAAGAGGUAAAGAAAUGUAACUGCAGGCAGUGGUUUCUGACUGAAGUCACUAGUAAUAGGGUGGAAAUGUCUAAUCAUCAAGUGAAAACAGGAAAGGAACUAUGUUUAUGAUGUCUUAAUAGGCCCUAAACUGUUCUUUAAUUAUGAGUGGCAGUCUCUGAAGUCAUUUGUGAGCUUGUAUGACUUUUGUAUUUAGCGAUGUUGCAUGCUCACAUACUUGAUAUUAAAAAUAAUACAUUUUUCUGAAA